GAAGAUGUUUUCUCAAUCUGUCUGGAAAUUUAAUUGAAGCUGCAAACCUAAACAUAUUUUCAAGGAUGUGUACUCUUUAAAUGUGGAAUCUUUUUUUAGUUUUCAGUAACAAGACAGUGAAUCUAAGUUUUCCGCCCUUUUAACUUUUCUUUUUAAAGUAACUAUAAUAAUGGAUCAACCUAGAAGGCAUCUUAAAAAACUAAAAAAGAGAAGAUCAAGUCUUUUUGCAAGUGUUAAACUUAAUGCCAGUUUUUCACAGAGCAUAGAGGAGGAAGAGAGUGCCUUUCCAUUUUCACAGGACAGCUCUGUGAAACCAUGGACAUCGAUGGACAACCUCGAUACUCCAUCACCUCAAUCAAGAGACACAAGAGAUCAAGAAAAGAGGAAAGGCAGCGUGAAUGAAGCACUUAAGAUUUCACACCGGCAUUUAAAUGUCAUCAGCGUUAAUGUAGGUGGUAAACUCUUUACCAUUCCCAAGCACAUGGCUAUCAGAUAUCCCCGGACCCGAAUUGGCACCCUAGCCCUGUGCAAUGAUCCCGUCAAGCAGCUAUCACUCUGUGAUGACUAUUGUGUGCUUACUAAUGAGUUCUUUUUUGACCGAGAUCCUACUUUCUUCCACUACAUCUUCCACUUCUACUGUAGCAAUGUGCUAUGGGUAAUGGAAAGUCUAUGUCCCAUCAAUUUUGAGGAGGAGAUGGAGUUUUGGGGUCUACAUUUGAGGGACACUCCCCGCUGUUGCCGCAUUCUCUAUGAGGAGAAAGUAGAUGAGAUAAGAGACCAGCUAAAAGUGAACAGGGAGCUUAUGGCUGAAAUAGAGCAUGUACACAAUGAGGAUGGUUUUAAGACAAUGAUUUUGGGUGGUGUUCGAAAGACAUUAUGGGACCUGAUGGAGAACCCGUACUCCUCAAUGUCCGCCAAGGCCUUUGCUGUGUUCUCCAGCCUCUUUGUCCUCAUUUCCAUUGUAGCAAUGACUCUAAAUACUGUGAAUGAAUUGAAAUAUUAUAAGGUCUAUGGAAGAACCUAUAUGGAGUGUGUUGAGAUCACCUCAAUUCUAUUCUUUACCUUUGAGUAUUUCCUUCGUCUGCUGACAACGUGCAAUGUCAAGCAUUUUCUGAAGAGUGCACUUAAUUUUGUAGACUUAGUGGCUGUCAUGCCUUACUUUAUCCAGCUGUUAUUUGAGGCUUUUGCUGACCAGGAAGAUCUAAGUGUACAAGAUGACCUGAAGGCAAUGGCGAGAGUUAGCAAAGUCAGCAAGGUGCUUAAAAUUGUCAAACUCAUGCGAAUUUUUCGUAUUCUGAAACUGGCAAGGCACUCAACAGGCAUGCGGGCAUUUGGCUUCACUCUUCGCCAGUGUUUUGAACAGGUCUGCUGCUUGUUUCUGUUCAUUAUCAUGGGCAUCUUCACAUUCUCUGCCCUAAUGUACUCAGUGGAGCAGGAUGUUGCUGGAAGCCCCUUCAGCAGUAUUCCAGAUGCCUGGUGGUGGGCAGCGGUGAGCAUCUCUACUGUGGGAUAUGGAGAUGUGGUGCCCAUCUCUUACUCUGGUAGAGUGGUGGCCUUUGGGUGCAUAUCCUUUGGCAUUAUUCUAAAUGGAAUGCCAAUCUCCAUCCUGUUUAACAAAUUUUCUGACUAUUAUGCCAAGCUGAAGGCCCAGGAGUACACUAACUCUAAAGUCCAACGGGCCGUGCACCUCAAGAAAAGAUUGCAAAGGAAAUUUGAAAAUUGCUUUGAGCCUCCAGCUGAGGAUUCUGAUGAGGACAAUAGACAUCAGCACUGUCAGCACUGAACGUCCUUGUCACUUUCCUGCCUUCAUUGUCCUUGAACAGAAAGCUCAGCGGUGUUUGUCACCAAAAUACAUAAUAUUUGACCGGCCAUCACAAUUUUCCUUGGCCCCAGGCAAUUCCAUCUAUCAUAGCUGACAUGUUUUAUCUGAAUUAAGUUCCAGCCUUGAAGGACUCAA